GACAGAUAACCGAAUUUUGUUUCCUGCAACACUACCAAGUCGGAUCACUAUGCCGCCCCUAGCUCCAGUCACAGAGGCGGCGACUGUACGAAGAAAGCGAUUGAUGGCAAACGAGUCGCGUUUUACAUGGAAAGGAACACGGCGAAUGUUUACGAACACGAGAGAAAGAUGGAGACAACAAAACAACAACAUCGCGUUUGCAGAGCUGAGAAAACUGAUACCAACUCACCCGCCCGACAAGAAACUGAGCAAAAACGAGAUUUUACGAUCCGCAAUGAGAUACAUAGACUUUUUGGUGAAAUUGAGAGACGAUCAAGAUAGGGCUACUACUGCUUCGUCAUCACUUAGUAAUCAUGGAAACGAGGCUAAUAUUUGCAUCGACGAGAAUGACAAACAAUCAGAUAUUUCUUUAUUUUCAUCUCCUGGAUUGUCGGGCACAAGCGAUUUUGAUGAUAACGAUUUGGACAAUAUAUUUGUCGACAGUUGCGAAAAUGGAUCUGAUUUAUUCUGACCGUGUCAACAAAACACUGGGACUCGGAAUGGACAUUAACAGUCGGGAACCACGGGAACCUAAUUCACAGUUGGCCGUUCAUGAAUGAAACUGACUUCAGAGUCUCGACAAACAUUGACAAUUAUACGACACUAAGUCGACAUGCGUGAAUUGUUGUAAUUUGUAAUAUGUUCAUCAACAGGUAGCUAAAUUUAAUGUUUUUUCUUCAAUAUUGACAGUUCUGUCGACGAGAAUUGCAGUUUAUGCACUAUAUACAGCGAGUAAUGUUGAUAAUCAUGUAAGAGAACACUUUAUGUUUAUUCUGUAUAUUUUUUCCAUUUAUAUUAUAUUUUAAGACGUCAAAUUUUCCUGCUUAAUGUGCAAUAACGUCUCUCAACUAAGGUUACAGAUUUUUUCAUAUCGUCGAUGUUUUCAGCUUUCUGGAAUUUGUUAUUUUCAAUACAGUUUUCCUUGUUAGUGGAAUAUGCACCACGAGAAAACACAUUGUCGUCACAUUUCGAUGUAACCAAAUAUAUAGUUAUGAUAGCACUAAAUGUAAUUAAAAUUAAAAAUCAAAGGAUUUCGUGUUUGUCAUUGAAUUUCAUUUCAUACAAACAUUUUAGGAAGAUUUUUUUAACGAAAGAAUUAUAUCUCUGAUUCUCCCACUUUUUCCAAUGUGACAAACCGGAUCGGAAGCAUAGAUGUUCCCUAUAUACUGUGGGUAACAUAUCACAUAGUGAUAUUCUUGACGCUAUUUGGUGAAUCGAGUUCGGUGUUCAUAGUGUUGUAUCGUAUUUUCUAUUUUUGAAUUAUGCAAAUUUAAAUAAAGAAGCCUU